AUGUCUUGGGACGACGAAGAUUUUGAAGUGCCAACUUCAAGUAAUGCCAAAGUUGUUGAUUCAUGGGAAGAUGAAUUUGCUGAUGAAGAUGAACCUUUAGCUGAAUCAUGGGAUGUGGAAGAAGAAGAAAAACCAAAACCAAAGCCAAAAGCUAAACCUGCGGCUUCUAAAAAACCUGUUAAAUCAGUUAAACCAGAAUUAGAUUUAGAUAAUGUUGAUGAAAAGACACGUAAAGAAUUAUUGAGACAAGCUGAACUAGAUUCAGAUUUGAAUAAUGCUGCUGAUUUGUUUGGUGGAUUAGGUGUUAAUGAACAUCCAAGAGAAAAAGCUGCUAGAGAAGCCGCUGCUCGUGAAGCUGCACAACCUAAAAUCACAGCUGAUACUCCAAUAGAAGCACAUCCAUUAUUCCAACCAGAAACUAAACAAGAUUAUGAAAAACUAAGAAAAGCAUUAUCACCAGCUUUAACUAAAUUAAAUGAACAAAGUUCAUUAAACUAUGCAUCAGGUUUAGCUAUUGAUUUAGUCAGAGAUUUAACCAAACCAUUAUCCACAGAAAACAUCAGAAAAGUCAUUUCCACAUUGACUGUUCUUUCUAAAGAAAAAGAAAGAGAAGAAAGACAAGCUAGAUUGGCCAAGAGUGGUGGUACUGCUACUGGUGGUGCAGGUAAGAAGAAGAACACCAAGGCUAGACCUAAUCUCGGAGGUGCCUUCAAGAAGGACACUGAUAUUGUUGUAGACAAUUAUGAUGACUUCGGUGAGGAUGAUUUCAUGUGA